AUGUCACUAAAAACAUACUCUGCUCAAACACCUGCGGAUUUGAAAGAGCUCUCUUCUCGGCACGAUGGUUUAACUGUUAUUUUACAGCUAACCUCCAAACAAUUGAUGAGCUCUGCUAGCAAUUGGACACGCCUCCACCUCCUCGUCUAUAGACUAAUAACCGGGUCAGAAACAUCAUUCUUGGAACCUUUUGAGGGUGACCACAACGAUGCCUGUCCCAUCUGCCAGCUCUCAAAAGAGUUGCCCACGCAACAAAUUGAUCUUCUCAUGCUUCGAAGUCUCCUAGAGGACAUCACACCUUCAGAGUUGCUGCAACCCGAAAGCAAAUUAUUGCAGAGCCCUUGGGGUUAUCUUAAGGUUGCGCUCGCCCAAGCGUCUCAUACAAGUGUGACUGAUGCACCCAAGCCCCGCGAGGAACGCAAAAAGCCCCCAGUGGAGAAGUACGGCAGUUAUACCAAUUCCUGGACUGCUAUCUUAGGCUCUUCCUCACCUUUAGGCCCAUCAUCCUCUGAAUAUGAGAUGGAAUUUGAGGACGUUGAUGAAGACGAGAACGAAGCUCGUCAGAGCAUACCAGAGGAUAUAUCCGUUCAUCUGGCAAUUGCGAUUAUUCGCUGUGUGUUGCUCUGUCUAAAACAACCUGGUGAGCAAGAGGAAGUUCGCGCACGCGUAGAGCGAAUAAAAGUCCAAGCCACAAUUGCGGGAUUUGACGGCAUUAUGUUCGAAGAUGAUGCCGGUAUGUCUUUUUACUGCAGGCAAAACUACGGUUGGAAACUAGUGCAUCCAUUUAUAACCAUGGUUGAGGCGAAACGAGCAUUCAAGUACAUUCGUAAAGACACGCAGUCAGGUAGAAGCAGCCCCAUGGUUCCAGACAACGUCUUAGCUCAGUAUCUUGCUCAAGCCGUACUGGCAUGGCAAGCAAAUCCCAGCUUGCUUCAUAAAGGGUUUGGUGCCACCGCCUUAGAACUGCUUUGGGUUACACAUUCACUGCUAACAAGCUACAGCGUUUUUCUUAUGGCCGUCGUCAACACCUUUGUACAAUUCAUCUACUUCACUUUUGGCUCUGACUAUCGCGAAUACAUCGAAGCCACCACCGCUGAGGAGCAACUGCGUGUUGUGAAUGAUCCAGAGAAGGACACCUUUGUUUACAUGGCCCGCACAAAAUGGUACGACUUACGGAUGAGCGAAGGGAGACGGUUAACAGCGUGCACUCUGCUGACACGAUUACGACAAAUUUUGCCAAAAUUGCAAGCAACUCGAGAGGGUGCUAUGCCGUCACCAAGGACACACACUCUGGAAUCGGACAGUGACGAUCUCAUGUAUUCGGAUAAUGACUUUAAUGAUGGUAAUGAUAGCAGUGAAUAA